UUGGUCGGUCUAGCCGGGUGUUAGCUGCCACUAAAGUGUACAUAGCUGAUGCCAAGCGCACGUAAGUUCGCAGCCGCCGAGUGGAUUUAUAACGAAAAUAUACAUUUUAAUCGAUUAGCAGAGAAGCGGAUAAGAGGCUGUGGCACUUAAGUGAUUACUUGAAAGAAUAGAAAAAUAUAAAUAAAUAAAUAAAGUGAACAUCAAAGAGCAGACUGAUUUUAUUGGCAAAACGCCGCACAAGCAGAAAAAUAAUGACAGAACCAGCGCCACGUGAGUACGAGGACAUACGCAUUCCUGUACCGUGGGGUCAUCUAGCGGGACGUUGGUAUGGCGAUCGUAAUAUACGCCCCAUACUCGCCUUACAUGGUUGGCUCGAUAACAUGGGCACGUGGAAUACGCUCUUACCACUACUGCCACAACACGUCGGCAUACUAUGCAUUGAACUUUCCGGACAUGGUUACUCCUCACAAUUUCCCAAAGGCUUGCCCUAUCACACUACCGACUAUGUGAAUUUGAUCGUACGCAUCAUGAAAGAGUACAAAUGGCAAAAGGUCUCCCUGCUAACGCACUCCCUGAGCUCACUCGUCUCAUUCAUAUACACCUCAUUGUACCCCGAGACGGUGGACAUGUUAAUCGCUAUUGAUAUCAUAAUACCGGUACAAAAUACACUAGAUUUCGAAAUCAAAGCGUUACGUACGAACGCCGAGCGAUUGCUUGUGGAAGUCGAACGCGACGAAAAGUUGGCGAUGCAUGAACCACCGGCAUAUACGUUCGAUAAAUUAAAACAAGUGCUAUACGAGGGUUCACAGGGUUCAGUUGAGUUACAUAACUGUGAACAUUUGCUAACGCGUAACAUAAAGAAAUCCGCAAAAUAUCCGGAUAAAUAUUACUUUUCGCGUGAUGCCCGUCUGAAAUAUUAUAUACGCUUCAUCUCAUGCCCACCAUUACAUUUGGAAAUGGCUAAGCGUAUCAAAAAUGUGCCCUAUCUUGUAAUCAAGGGCAGUAUGUCGGAUAUGAUAAAAGAGGACUCUGAUGUAAUAAUUGAUAUGUUACGUCGGAAUAAUCCACAUUUUGAGUAUUACGAAAUCGAAGGCACACACCAUGUACACUUGAAUAAUCCCGAGGCGUGCGCCGCUGUCAUAAAUCCCUUUAUAAAUGCCCAUAGGCCGGCGAUGCCCAACACUUGGUGUGUCGAUGACGCUGAAGAUACGCCAAUGAAGAGUAGUAAAAGUGUUGUUGAAAAGCGAAAGAGAGCCAAAGGACGUCUGCGUUGCCUUCGAAGUAAACUGUAGUGGACCGGAACGGUAUUGUU